CUCUUGAGUAUAAAGACAAAAAACACUCUACUUCCCUCAAUCCUUCACCCAAACUCGUCCAAUAAUAUCUUUUUUCCUCUUCAGUCACUUUUCUCGCUCCGUACUCAGAUUCCUGUUUUCCUUAUUCGAGUCGGAAAGAUUUCAUCUUUCGCACGUAUUCUCUUCAAAUGAACUUUCCUAUACGGCUAUACCAGAAGCAGAUAACAAAUCGCAUUUUCUACGGCGAAGCUUAAUCAAAGUCUAUUUUAUUCAAGUUUCAGUUUACAAAAAUCUGGAAGAUUCAUACUGGUUUCUUCAUAAUUAGCAUUCUCCUUUGUUCACGAAAGGUCGUUUUCUUCUCCGUUUGGCAUUAUGUUCUGCGAUGGAGACGUCAGUGUUGUUUUUUCUAUUAAUUAAAAUUUAAUGGCUCACCCUGAAUCCGUGUCAGUUCUGUAACCUUCAAUUCUACUGCCGUUGUUGUCAAACCCUAAAGAAUCGAUCGGAGUUCACAGAUCUGCUCUCGUUUUACAGAUAUUCAUCUCCGUGAAACGAAUACGGAGAUGAAGAUAAUUAUGGCGGUAGCAAUAGUUUGGCUAUCGCGCAUGACACGGUGCGCUUAUGCAGAUGACGACCGGCUUCUGGUUAAGAUGACUCUGGUUCGAAAGGCUUCGGCUUUCGGUGCCUUUUGCUUGGAUGGAAGUUUACCUGCUUAUCAUCUGCACAGAGGAUUCGGUGCUGGAGCAAGCAACUGGCUUUUGCAAUUUGAGGGAGAGAGCCAAUACCCGGCGCGGAUCUACUUUAUACAUGUCCAAGAUGGAAGUUUUCUCUGGAAUCCUAAGCAACAAUGCCUCUCGAAAUCCAGAUUUCUACAAUUGGAACCGGGUGAAGCUUAGAUAUUGCGAUGGCGCUUCGUUUGCUGGGAACUCCAAUUAUGACAAUGGGACAUCAGUACUUUAUUUCAGAGGGCAAAAGAUUUGGGAAGCAAUCAUUCAUGACCUUCUACCCAAAGGGUUGGGGAGUGCACGCAAGGCUUUGCUUUCAGGUUGCUCAGCUGGCGGUUUAGCAACCUUUCUGCAUUGCGACAACUUUGCAAGGAUUUUGCCUGCAAAUACUAUUGUGAAAUGCUUGAGUGAUGCUGGAUUUUUCAUGGAUGAAAUAGACAUAACUUUUAACCAUACAAUGAGGUCAUUUUACAAAGAACUUGUUCAACUACAGGGGAUAGAACAGAAUCUAAAUGACAAUUGCACCAGUUCCCUUUUUCAAGAGCUGUGCAUCUUUCCACAAUAUGCGUUGAAAUAUAUCAAAACUCCAUUUUUCAUCUUGAACUCAGCUUAUGAUGUUUACCAAUUUCACAACAUAUUGGUGCCAACUAAAGCUGAUCCACCAGGACUUUGGAGCCGAUGCAAGCGUAAUCCAGCUGCAUGUAACCCUAACCAGAUCACGAUAUUGCAAGGUUUCAGGCGUGACAUGCUUGCGGCUUUAAGAUGGUUCCUCUAUUUUUCGAGGAGAGGGGGCAUGUACAUUAAUUCGUGCUUUGCUCAUUGCCAAAGUGAGUCACAAGACACAUGGUUUGCAGAUGAUUCCCCAAGAAUGCAUAACAAGACCAUUGCAGAAGCAGUUGGAGAUUGGUACUUCAGCAGAAGGAUAUCUAAGACAGUCGACUGUCCAUAUCCGUGCGAUACUACAUGCCAUAAUCUCAUACCAUAGGCUCAGGUUCUGUAGGAGAUUCAGAGAUAUUGGACUUAAGAACUAAGUUUUACAAGUCUUUUCCAUUGAUGAAGCAUUUGGAGCUGUUGGAAUAUAAUCAUCAGCAGAAAGGAUGUCAAACGGAUUCGUAAAUCUAUAUAUCGGUGCUUUAGCAAAAGAAAUUAUAGAUGAAUUUGAAGUUUUGUCAUAUUAGUCAUCAAUUGAUCAAUAAAAUCCAUUGAUUCUUUAUUUUUAAAA